GUCAGCCAAUAUCGCUGGAAGCUCAAAUAUGGCUGCUGGCAGUAAUCGUCGGCUCCAGCAGACUCAGCAUCAAGUUGAUGAGGUUGUUGACAUCAUGAGAGUGAAUGUGGACAAGGUAUUGGAGCGAGAUCAGAAGCUGUCAGAGCUGGAUGACCGUGCUGAUGCACUGCAAGCAGGAGCUUCCCAGUUUGAGACCAGUGCCGCCAAGCUGAAAAGGAAGUAUUGGUGGAAGAAUUGUAAGAUGUGGGCAAUAUUGAUAGCUGUUGUUGUCAUUAUCAUCAUCAUCAUUAUUG